UCGUUCCCCACGACCAGUAGCCCUACCCUGUUGCAUGUCCAACCACCCAUUCUGCAUCGCCCGGAGUAACAGCCACGCACGCUAGAAAGAAGGUGAAACGCACUCCGAACGGAGAGCGUGAGGAGAGAGAAAAAAGGCCCUGGACACCGAGGGGACACUCGGGCUGAUAAAGAAACAAACGUAUUUAAGAGAAGAAAGUUUGGUUUGAGAAGUGCUUUUAUCGACUAAGACAAGAGGCGGGGAAGGGAAGAGGCGACUGCCAAGGAUGCUCAAGCUGAUGUGUUGAAGUUCUUGCAGCGCGGACUGCUCAUUAAGAUAAACAAGAAAAUAAAGAGAAGAAACAAAGAGCCUUCGGCCUUGCUUGAGCAAUCCAAAGUACGAAAACAAAGGCAGAAACUCUUCAAAGAAAUAAACCAGGGCAGAGACAGUACAAGAAAAGACACAGAAUGGCUGAGGAGGAGGAAACGAGGGAGGUGCUUUUCCCUGAUUGGUCGGGUCCAGAGACACAGGGACUGACCAUUGAGCAGUCCGGUCUUGGAGAGAUUUACGUCAAAGAGGUGAAAAUGGAAUCACCUGCUGGGCGCACAGGAAGAGUACAUGAGGGUGAUCAAAUUGUGGGCGCUACGAUCUAUUUUGACAACAUGAGUUCAGAGGAGACAGCAGAGCUUCUCAAGACCCUACACAAACACAAGGUUGGACUGAAACUACAAAACAAGGACAAGUCACCAUGUCGUUCCCCGAUGGGCACUCUGUCGCCAUGCCGCUCUCCACUUGGAACCUUGACUUAUGAAGGGAGGGGAAGGUUUGGAGGCUCCAGCCCGGACAUCAUCCUAAGCGGAGAUGAUGAAGAUUACAAGAGAAUAUAUUCCAAGAAGAUUAAGCCACGUCUGAAGUCUGAGGACCUGGCUGAGGGCGUGGAUGUUCGUACCGAGCGUCACAGUAGCACAAGCAGUGAUGGCAGUACGAUCACAACCAUUACCCGUCGCAUCACUACCUACACUGUGGACAUGCCAGGGGGCGUCGAUGAGCAGCUUGAAGUAACAGGUCCAGAGUUCAAGGGGAUACGAUAUGAGCAGUCAGGAGGAGGCAGCUCUGCUCAGAUCAGAGUUCCACAUGGAAGUGAAAACCCUUCAGGUAUUAGAGGAGUUGGUAUGGAGGGGGGUGCUUUUGAAGUAGGUGGGGAUGGUGUUUCCCUGACUGGGCCACGGUUAACUAGCACCUCUGAGAAACACUGGAGCUCAGGAGGGGUUAAGACCACAAUUAUUUCAAGGGAGAUUGAGGGGGGAGAUGGUGGAGCAACAGGUAUCCGAUUCAAAGGACCUAGCUUUGGGACAUCUGCAUCAAAGAGUCAGGGAGAGUUUGGACCCUCAAGAAUGGUUAAACAAGGAGACCAAAGUUUUCAGGUGUCAGGUGGCUCAAAUGUGACCGUAAGAGAGAGCUUUGGUAGCAGUCAAGGUGGCAGUGCAGGAGAGUUUGACAUGCCCUCAGCUGAUUACCAAGCAGGAUCAGUGAGUGUCACGGUCCCUGGAAGAACAACCAAUAUAUCCUCCAGCUCCAUAUCAUUGGGUAAAGGAGAGAUCAGAGGAGUAGACUUUAAUUUGCCUGGGAGAAGUAGUGCAGAAUGGCAGGGUAGGGUUGGAGGUCCAGUGCCUGGGAUAACCAUUAGUGAUCAACAGAUAAGAGAGUCUGGGAAAAUAGGUGUCUACGGGGGCAACCAGGGUGAGUUUUCCUCACCCAAUGUGCCUGACAUAGAUAUGGAGUUAAAGGGAGGAAAGCCAUCAACAGACACAAGAGUGCCAUCUCUUGAUGUCAAUAUCUCAGGCAUAAAGGAGUCUGGCUCAGUGGAUAUGUACAUAAAAGGACCCUCAGUAAAAGGAAGUACAAAUGAAAGUGAAAGCAAACUCAAAAGUGGCAUCAAAAUGCCAUCCUUUGGACUGAACACUGGAGGUGCAGAGCAGGAUUUAAAUGUAAAACUACCGAAGGUGAAAGGUACAGUAGACAUUUCUGUUCCUGGGGUAGAUGUGUCAGGCCCAUCUAUGAAUGUGGAAGGAAAGCAGAUAGGUGGUAUGGACAUCAAAGCACCAAAUGUAGACAUUAAAUGUACAAGUAUUGAUGUGAAAGGUCCAGAAGGUGGUUUCAAGAUGCCCAAAGAGAAGAUGCCCUCUUUUGGAGUUAAAGGAGUCAGCCUUGAAAGUUCUCAUGUUGAUGUCAACAUACCAAAAGGAGAGAUAGACAUCAAGGCUCCCAAAGUUGACAUUAAAGGUCCAUCAAUAUCUGGAGCAAAGAUCUCAAUGCCUGAUGUGGAUGUAAAUCUGAAAGGUUCAAAGGUUCAGGGAGAUGUGAAUGUGUCAGUGCCAAAGGUAGAAAGAGACAUCAAGGCACCUAAAUUAGACAUUAAAGGUUCAGGUGUUGAUAUUGAAGGCCCAGAAGGUGGGUUCAAGAUGCCAAAAGUAAAGAAGCCAUCAUUUGGAAUCAAAGGAGCUGGGCUUGAGGGUCCUAAUGUUGAUGUCAACAUACCAAAAGCUGAAAUAGACAUCAAGGCUCCCAAAGUUGACAUUAAAGGGCCAUCAAUAUCUGGACCAAAGAUCUCAAUGCCUGACGUGGACAUGAAUCUGAAAGGUUCAAAGGUUAAGGGAGAUGUGAAUGUGUCAGUGCCAAAGAUAGAAGGUGGUAUCAAAGCCCCCAAAGUAGACAUUAAGGGUUCAAGUCUUGACAUUGAAGGCCCUGAAGGUGGUUUCAAGUUGCCCAAAGUAAAGACGGCCUCAUUUGGAAUCAAAGGAUCUGGACUUGAGGGUCCUAAUGUUGAUGUCAACAUACCAAAAACAAAUAUAGACAUCAAGGAUCCUAAAGUUGACAUCAAAGGUCCAUCAAUAUCUGGAACCAAGAUCUCAAUGCAAGAUAUUGAUAUCAACAUGAAAGGGCCAAAGGUGAAGGGAGAUAUUGAUGUAUCAGUCCCAAAGAUAGAAGGAGACAUCAAAGCACCCAAAGUAGACAUUGAAGGUCCAGAUGUUGACAUUGAGGGUCCUUCAGGAGGAUUUAAGAUGCCAAAGAUGAAGAUGCCAACAUUUGGAUUCAAAGGACCUAAAGUGGAGGUUCCAGAUGUUGAUGUUAAACUACCAAAAGCAGACAUUGACAUCAAGGCACCCAAGGUGGACAUCAAAGGUCCUGAAAUAGACGUUGAAGGGCCUGAUGGUAAAAUCAAAGGGCCACAUAUCAAGAUGCCAUCAAUUUCAGGGCCCAAGAUCUCAAUGCCAGAUGUUGAUUUCAACCUGAAAGGGCCAAAGGUGAAGGGAGAUGUUGACGUGUCAGUACCAAAGAUAGAAGGAGACAUCAAAGCACCUAAAGUAGACAUUGAAGGUCCAGAUAUUGACAUUGAGGGUCCUUCAGGAGGAUUUAAGAUGCCGAAGAUGAAGAUGCCAACAUUUGGAUUCAAAGGACCUAAAGUGGAGGGUCCAGAUGUUGAUGUUAAACUACCAAAAGCAGACAUUGACAUCAAGGCACCCAAGGUGGACAUCCAAGGUCCUGAAAUAGACGUUGAAGGGCCUGAUGGUAAAAUCAAAGGGCCACAUAUCAAGAUGCCAUCAAUUUCAGGGCCCAAGAUCUCAAUGCCAGAUGUUGAUUUCAACCUUAAAGGGCCAAAGAUUAAGGGAGAUGUUGACGUGUCAGUACCAAAGAUAGAAGGAGACAUCAAAGCACCUAAAGUAGACAUUGAAGGUCCAGAUAUUGACAUUGAGGGUCCUUCAGGAGGAUUUAAGAUGCCAAAGAUGAAGAUGCCAACAUUUGGAUUCAAAGGACCUAAAGUGGAGGGUACAGAUGUUGAUGUUAAACUACCAAAAGCAGACAUUGACAUCAAGGCACCCAAGGUGGACAUCCAAGGUCCUGAAAUAGAUGUUGAAGGGCCUGAUGGUAAAAUCAAAGGGCCACAUAUCAAAAUGCCAUCAAUUUCAGGGCCCAAGAUCUCAAUGCCAGAUGUUGAUUUCAACCUUAAAGGGCCAAAGGUGAAGGGAGAUGUUGACGUGUCAGUACCAAAGAUAGAAGGAGACAUCAAAGCACCUAAAGUAGACAUUGAAGGUCCAGAUAUUGACAUUGAGGGUCCUUCAGGAGGAUUUAAGAUGCCGAAGAUGAAGAUGCCAACAUUUGGAUUCAAAGGACCUAAAGUGGAGGGUCCAGAUGUUGAUGUUAAACUACCAAAAGCAGACAUUGACAUCAAGGCACCCAAGGUGGACAUCCAAGGUCCUGAAAUAGACGUUGAAGGGCCUGAUGGUAAAAUCAAAGGGCCACAUAUCAAGAUGCCAUCAAUUUCAGGGCCCAAGAUCUCAAUGCCAGAUGUUGAUUUCAACCUUAAAGGGCCAAAGGUGAAGGGAGAUGUUGACGUGUCAGUACCAAAGAUAGAAGGAGACAUCAAAGCACCUAAAGUAGACAUUGAAGGUCCAGAUGUUGGCAUUGAGGGUCCUUCAGGAGGAUUUAAAAUGCCAAAGAUGAAGAUGCCAUCAUUUGGUCUCAAGGGAACUAAAGUUGAGGGUCCAGAUGUUGACAUUAAUCUCCCAAAAGCAGACGUUGAUAUUAAGGCACCCAAAGUGGACAUUAAAGGUCCAGAACUAAGUAUCGAAGGGACUGAAGGUAAAGUCAAAGGGCCACAAUUCAAAACGCCAUCAAUUCAGGGGCCCAAGAUCUCAGUGCCAGAUGUUGAUAUCAACCUUAAAGGGCCAAAGUUUAAGGGAGAUGUUGAUGUGUCAGCACCAAAGAUAGAAGGAGACAUCAAAGCACCGAAAGUAGACAUUGAAGGACCAGAUAUUGACAUUGAGGGUCCUUCAGGAGGAUUUAAGAUGCCAAAAAUGAAGAUGCCCUCAUUUGGAUUCAAGGGACCUAAAGUAGAGGGUCCAGAGGUUGAUGUUAAACUACCAAAAGCAGACAUUGACAUCAAGUCACCCAAGGUGGACAUCCAAGGUCCGGAACUAGACGUUGAAGGGCCUGAUGGUAAAAUCAAAGGGCCACAUUUCAAGAUGCCAUCCAUGUCUGGGCCCAAGAUCUCAAUGCCAGAUGUUGAUUUCAACCUUAAAGGGCCAAAGGUGAAGGGAGAUGUUGACGUGUCUGUACCAAAGAUAGAAGGAGACAUCAAAGCACCGAAAGUAGACAUUGAAGGACCAGAUAUUGAUAUUGAGGGUCCUUCAGGAGGAUUUAAGAUGCCAAAAAUGAAGAUGCCCUCAUUUGGAUUCAAGGGACCUAAGGUAGAGGGUCCAGAGGUUGAUGUUAAAUUACCAAAAGCUGACAUUGACAUCAAGGCACCCAAGGUGGACAUCCAAGGUCCUGAACUAGACGUUGAAGGGCCUGAUGGUAAAAUCAAAGGGCCACAUUUCAAGAUGCCAUCCAUGUCUGGGCCCAAGAUCUCAAUGCCAGAUGUUGAUUUCAACCUGAAAGGGCCAAAGGUGAAGGGAGAUGUUGAUGUGUCAGUACCAAAGAUAGAAGGAGACAUCAAAGCACCUAGAGUAGAUAUUGAAGGUCCAGACAUUGACAUUGAGGGUCCUUCAGGAGGAUUUAAGAUGCCAAAGAUGAAGAUGCCAACAUUUGGAUUCAAGGGACCUAAAGUGGAGGGUCCAGAUGUUGAUGUUAAACUACCAAAAGCAGACAUUGACAUCAAGGCACCCAAGGUGGACAUCCAAGGUCCAGAACUAGACGUUGAAGGGCCUGAUGGUAAAAUCAAAGGGCCACAUUUCAAGAUGCCAUCCAUGUCUGGGCCCAAGAUCUCAAUGCCUGAUGUUGAUUUCAACCUGAAAGGGCCAAAGGUGAAGGGAGAUGUUGACGUGUCUGUACCAAAGAUAGAAGGAGACAUCAAAGCACCGAAAGUAGACAUUGAAGGACCAGAUAUUGACAUUGAGGGUCCUUCAGGAGGAUUUAAGAUGCCAAAAAUGAAGAUGCCCUCAUUUGGAUUCAAGGGACCUAAGGUAGAGGGUCCAGAGGUUGAUGUUAAAUUACCAAAAGCAGACAUUGACAUCAAGUCACCCAAGGUGGACAUCCAAGGUCCUGAACUAGACGUUGAAGGGCCUGAUGGUAAAAUCAAAGGGCCACAUUUCAAGAUGCCAUCCAUGUCUGGGCCCAAGAUCUCAAUGCCAGAUGUUGAUUUCAACCUUAAAGGGCCAAAGGUGAAGGGAGAUGUUGACGUGUCUGUACCAAAGAUAGAAGGAGACAUCAAAGCACCGAAAGUAGACAUUGAAGGACCAGAUAUUGACAUUGAGGGUCCUUCGGGAGGAUUUAAGAUGCCAAAAAUGAAGAUGCCCUCAUUUGGAUUCAAAGGACCUAAAGUGGAGGGUCCAGAUGUUGAUGUUAAACUACCAAAAGCAGACAUUGACAUCAAGGGACCCAAGGUGGACAUCCAAGGUCCCGAACUAGACAUUGAAGGGCCUGACGGCAAAGUCAAAGGGCCACAUUUCAAGAUGCCAUCUAUUUCAGGGCCCAAGAUCUCAAUGCCAGAUGUUGAUUUCAACCUGAAAGGACCAAAGAUGAAGGGAGAUGUUGACGUGUCACUACCAAAGAUAGAAGGAGAUAUCAAAGCACCGAAAGUAGACAUUGAAGGUCCAGAUAUUGACAUUGAGGGUCCUUCAGGAGGAUUUAAGAUGCCAAAGAUGAAGAUGCCCUCAUUUGGAUUCAAGGGACCUAAAGUAGAGGGUCCAGAUGUUGAUGUUAAACUACCAAAAGCAGACAUUGACAUCAAGUCACCCAAGGUGGACAUCCAAGGUCCUGAACUAGACAUCGAAGGGCCUGAUGGUAAAAUCAAAGGGCCACAUUUUAAGAUGCCAUCAAUUUCAGGGCCCAAGAUCUCAAUGCCAGAUGUUGAUUUCAAUCUUAAAGGUCCAAAGAUGAAGGGAGAUGUUGACUUGUCAGUACCAAAGAUAGGAGAUAUCAAAGCACCGAAAGUGGACAUUGAAGGUCCAGAUGUUGAAAUUGAGGGUCCUUCAGGAGGAUUUAAGAUGCCAAAGAUGAAGAUGCCAUCAUUUGGAUUCAAAGGACCUAAAGUGGAGGGUCCAGAUGUUGAUGUCAAACUACCAAAAGCAGACAUUGACAUCAAGGCACCCAAGGUUGACAUCCAAGGUCCCGAACUAGACAUUGAAGGGCCUGACGGUAAAGUCAAAGGGCCACAUUUCAAGAUGCCAUCAAUUUCAGGGCCCAAGAUCUCAAUGCCAGAUGUUGAUUUUAACCUGAAAGGUCCAAAGAUGAAGGGAGAUUUUGAUGUGUCAGUACCAAAGAUAGAAGGAGAAAUCAAAGCACCUAAAGUAGACUUUGAAGGUCCAGAUAUUGACAUUGACAGUCCGUCAGGGGGAUUUAAGAUGCCAAAGAUGAAGAUGCCAUCAUUUGGAUUCAAAGGACCUAAAGUAGAGGGUCCAGAUGUUGAUGUUAAACUACCAAAAGCAGACAUUGACAUCAAAGCACCCAAGGUGGACAUUCAAGGUCCUGAACUAGACGUUGAAGGGCCUGAUGGGAAAAUCAAAGGGCCACAUUUCAAGAUGCCAUCAAUAUCAGGGCCCAAGAUCUCAAUGCCAGAUGUUGAUUUCAACUUGAAAGGGCCAAAAGUGAAAGGAGAUGUUGAUGUGUCAGUACCAAAGAUAGAAGGAGACUUAAAAGCACCCAAAGUAGACAUUGAAGGUCCAGAUAUUGACAUUGAGGGUCCUUCAGGAGGAUUUAAGAUGCCAAAAAUGAAGAUGCCCUCAUUUGGAUUUAAGGGACCUAAAGUAGAGGGUCCAGAUGUUGAUGUUAAACUACCAAAAGCAGACAUUGACAUCAAGGCACCCAAGGUUGACAUCCAAGGUCCCGAACUAAACAUUGAAGGGCCUGACGGUAAAGUCAAAGGGCCACAUUUCAAGAUGCCAUCAAUUUCAGGGCCCAAGAUCUCAAUGCCAGAUGUUGAUUUCAACCUGAAAGGGCCAAAGGUGAAGGGAGAUGUUGAUGUGUCAAUACCAAAGAUAGAAGGAGACAUCAAAGCACCCAAAGUAGAUAUUGAAGGUCCAGAUGUUGACAUUGAGGGUCCUUCAGGAGGAUUUAAGAUGCCAAAAAUGAAGAUGCCAUCACUCGGAUUUAAAGGACCUAAAGUGGAGGGUCCAAAUGUUGAUGUUAAACUAUCAAAAGCAGACAUUGACAUUAAGGCACCCAAGGUGGACAUCCAAGGUCCUGAACUAGACAUUGAAGGGCCUGAUGGUAAAAUCAAAGGGCCACAUUUCAAGAUGCCAUCAAUUUCAGGGCCCAAGAUCUCAAUGCCAGAUGUUGAUUUCAACCUUAAAGGUCCAAAGAUGAAGGGAGAUGUUGACGUGUCACUACCAAAGAUAGAAGGAGAUAUCAAAGCACCGAAAGUGGACAUUGAAGGUCCAGAUGUUGAAAUUGAGGGUCCUUCAGGAGGAUUUAAGAUGCCAAAAAUGAAGAUGCCAUCAUUUGGAUUCAAAGGACCUAAAGUGGAAGGUCCAGAUGUUGAUGUUAAACUACCAAAAGCAGACAUUGACAUCAAGGCACCCAAGGUUGACAUCCAAGGUCCCGAACUAGACAUUGAAGGGCCUGACGGUAAAAUCAAAGGGCCACAUUUCAAGAUGCCAUCAAUUUCAGGGCCCAAGAUCUCAAUGCCAGAUGUUGAUUUCAACCUGAAAGGGCCAAAGGUGAAGGGAGAUGUUGAAGUGUCUGUACCAAAGAUAGAAGGAGAUAUCAAAGCACCGAAAGUAGACAUUGAAGGACCAGAUGUUGAAAUUGAGGGUACUUCAGGAGGAUUUCAGAUGCCAAAGAUGAAGAUGCCAUCAUUUGGAUUUAAAGGACCUAAAGUGGAGGGUCCAGAUAUUGAUGUUAAACUACCAAAAGCAGACAUUGACAUCAAGGCACCCAAGGUUGACAUCCAAGGUCCUGAACUAGACAUUGAAGGGCCUGACGGUAAAGUCAAAGGGCCACAUUUCAAGAUGCCAUCAAUUUCAGGGCCCAAGAUCUCAAUGCCAGAUGUGGAUUUCAACCUGAAAGGACCAAAGAUGAAAGGAGAUAUUGAUGUGUCAGUGCCAAAAAUAGAAGGAGACAUCAAAGCACCUAAAGUAGACUUUGAAGGUCCAGAUGUUGACAUUGACAGUCCGUCAGGGGGAUUUAAGAUGCCAAAGAUGAAGAUGCCAUCAUUUGGAUUCAAAGGACCUAAAGUGGAGGGUCCAGAUGUUGAUGUUAAACUACCAAAAGCAGACAUUGACAUAAAAGCACCCAAGGUGGACAUCCAAGGUCCUGAACUAGACGUUGAAGGGCCUGAUGGUAAAAUCAAAGGGCCACAUUUCAAGAUGCCAUCAAUAUCAGGGCCCAAGAUCUCAAUGCCCGAUGUUGAUUUCAACCUGAAAGGGCCAAAGGUGAAGGGAGAUCUUGAUGUGUCAGUACCAAAGAUAGAAGGAGACUUCAAAGCACCCAAAGUAGACAUUGAAGGUCCAGAUAUUGACAUUGAGGGUCCUUCAGGAGGUUUUAAGAUGCCAAAGAUGAAGAUGCCAUCAUUUGGAUUCAAAGGACCUAAAGUGGAGGGUCCAGAUGUUGAUGUUAAACUACCAAAAGCAGACAUUGACAUAAAAGCACCCAAGGUGGACAUACAAGGUCCUGAACUAGACGUUGAAGGGCCUGAUGGUAAAAUCAAAGGGCCACAUUUCAAGAUGCCAUCAAUAUCAGGGCCCAAGAUCUCAAUGCCAGAUGUUGAUUUCAACCUGAAAGGGCCAAAGGUGAAGGGAGAUGUUGAUGUGUCAGUACCAAAGAUAGAAGGAGACUUCAAAGCACCCAAAGUAGACAUUGAAGGUCCAGAUAUUGACAUUGAGGGUCCUUCAGGAGGUUUUAAGAUGCCAAAGAUGAAGAUGCCAUCAUUUGGAUUCAAAGGACCUAAAGUGGAGGGUCCAGAUGUUGAUGUUAAACUACCAAAAGCAGACAUUGACAUAAAAGCACCCAAGGUGGACAUCCAAGGUCCUGAACUAGACGUUGAAGGGCCUGAUGGUAAAAUCAAAGGGCCACAUUUCAAGAUGCCAUCAAUAUCAGGGCCCAAGAUCUCAAUGCCAGAUGUUGAUUUCAACCUGAAAGGGCCAAAGGUGAAGGGAGAUGUUGAUGUGUCAGUACCAAAGAUAGAAGGAGACUUAAAAGCACCCAAAGUAGACAUUGAAGGUCCAGAUAUUGACAUUGAGGGUCCUUCAGGAGGUUUUAAAAUGCCAAAGAUGAAGAUGCCAUCAUUUGGAUUCAAAGGACCUAAAGUGGAGGGUCCAGAUAUUGAUGUUAAACUACCAAAAGCAGACAUUGACAUCAAGGCACCCAAGGUGGACAUCCAAGGUCCUGAACUAGACGUUGAAGGGCCUGAUGGUAAAAUCAAAGGGCCACAUUUCAAGAUGCCAUCAAUAUCAGGGCCCAAGAUCUCAAUGCCAGAUGUUGAUUUCAACCUGAAAGGGCCAAAGGUGAAGGGAGAUGUUGAUGUGUCAGUACCAAAGAUAGAAGGAGACUUAAAAGCACCCAAAGUAGACAUUGAAGGUCCAGAUAUUGACAUUGAGGGUCCUUCAGGAGGUUUUAAAAUGCCAAAGAUGAAGAUGCCAUCAUUUGGAUUCAAAGGACCUAAAGUGGAGGGUCCAGAUAUUGAUGUUAAACUACCAAAAGCAGACAUUGACAUCAAGGCACCCAAGGUGGACAUCCAAGGUCCUGAACUAGACAUUGAAGGGCCUGAUGGUAAAAUCAAAGGGCCACAUUUCAAGAUGCCAUCCAUGUCAGGGCCCAAGAUCUCAAUGCCAGAUGUUGAUUUCAACCUGAAAGGUCCAAAGAUGAAGGGAGAUUUUGAUGUGUCAGUGCCAAAGAUAGAAGGAGAUAUCAAAGCACCGAAAGUUGACAUUGAGGGUCCAGAUGUGGACGUUGAAGGUCUUUCAGGAGGGUUUAAAAUGCCAAAGAUGAAGAUGCCAUCAUUUGGAUUCAAGGGACCUAAAGUGGAGGGUCCAGAUAUUGAUGUUAAACUACCAAAAGCAGACAUUGACAUCAAGGCACCCAAGGUGGACAUCCAAGGUCCUGAACUAGACAUUGAAGGGCCUGAUGGUAAAAUCAAAGGGCCACAUUUCAAGAUGCCAUCCAUGUCAGGGCCCAAGAUCUCAAUGCCAGAUGUUGAUUUCAACCUGAAAGGGCCAAAGGUGAAGGGAGAUCUUGAUGUGUCAGUACCAAAGAUAGAAGGAGACUUAAAAGCACCCAAAGUAGACAUUGAAGGUCCAGAUAUUGACAUUGAGGGUCCUUCAGGAGGUUUUAAAAUGCCAAAGAUGAAGAUGCCAUCAUUUGGAUUCAAAGGACCUAAAGUGGAGGGUCCAGAUAUUGAUGUUAAACUACCAAAAGCAGACAUUGACAUCAAGGCACCCAAGGUGGACAUCCAAGGUCCUGAACUAGACAUUGAAGGGCCUGAUGGUAAAAUCAAAGGGCCACAUUUCAAGAUGCCAUCCAUGUCAGGGCCCAAGAUCUCAAUGCCAGAUGUUGAUUUCAACCUGAAAGGUCCAAAGAUGAAGGGAGAUUUUGAUGUGUCAGUGCCAAAGAUAGAAGGAGAUAUCAAAGCACCGAAAGUUGACAUUGAGGGUCCAGAUGUGGACGUUGAAGGUCUUUCAGGAGGGUUUAAAAUGCCAAAAAUGAAGAUGCCCUCAUUUGGAUUCAAGGGACCUAAAGUGGAGGGUCCAGAUAUUGAUGUUAAACUACCAAAAGCAGACAUUGACAUCAAGGCACCCAAGGUGGACAUCCAAGGUCCUGAACUAGACAUUGAAGGGCCUGAUGGUAAAAUCAAAGGGCCACAUUUCAAGAUGCCAUCCAUGUCAGGGCCCAAGAUCUCAAUGCCAGAUGUUGAUUUCAACCUGAAAGGGCCAAAGGUGAAGGGAGAUCUUGAUGUGUCAGUACCAAAGAUAGAAGGAGACUUCAAAGCACCCAAAGUAGACAUUGAAGGUCCAGAUAUUGACAUUGAGGGUCCUUCAGGAGGUUUUAAGAUGCCAAAGAUGAAGAUGCCAUCAUUUGGAUUCAAAGGACCUAAAGUGGAGGGUCCAGAUAUUGAUGUUAAACUACCAAAAGCAGACAUUGACAUCAAGGCACCCAAGGUGGACAUCCAAGGUCCUGAACUAGACAUUGAAGGGCCUGAUGGUAAAAUCAAAGGGCCACAUUUCAAGAUGCCAUCCAUGUCAGGGCCCAAGAUCUCAAUGCCAGAUGUUGAUUUCAACCUGAAAGGUCCAAAGAUGAAGGGAGAUUUUGAUGUGUCAGUGCCAAAGAUAGAAGGAGAUAUCAAAGCACCGAAAGUUGACAUUGAAGGUCCAGAUGUGGACGUUGAAGGUCUUUCAGGAGGGUUUAAAAUGCCAAAGAUGAAGAUGCCAUCAUUUGGAUUCAAGGGACCUAAAGUGGAGGGUCCAGAUAUUGAUGUUAAACUACCAAAAGCAGACAUUGACAUCAAGGCACCCAAGGUGGACAUCCAAGGUCCUGAACUAGACAUUGAAGGGCCUGAUGGUAAAAUCAAAGGGCCACAUUUCAAGAUGCCAUCCAUGUCAGGGCCCAAGAUCUCAAUGCCAGAUGUUGAUUUCAACCUGAAAGGGCCAAAGGUGAAGGGAGAUCUUGAUGUGUCAGUACCAACGAUAGAAGGAGACUUCAAAGCACCCAAAGUAGACAUUGAAGGUCCAGAUAUUGACAUUGAGGGUCCUUCAGGAGGUUUUAAGAUGCCAAAGAUGAAGAUGCCAUCAUUUGGAUUCAAAGGACCUAAAGUGGAGGGUCCAGAUAUUGAUGUUAAACUACCAAAAGCAGACAUUGACAUCAAGGCACCCAAGGUGGACAUCCAAGGUCCUGAACUAGACAUUGAAGGGCCUGAUGGUAAAAUCAAAGGGCCACAUUUCAAGAUGCCAUCCAUGUCAGGGCCCAAGAUCUCAAUGCCAGAUGUUGAUUUCAACCUGAAAGGUCCAAAGAUGAAAGGAGACAUUGAAGUGUCUGUUCCAAAAAUAGAAGGAGACAUCAAAGCACCUAAAGUAGACAUUGAAGGUCCAGAUGUUGACAUUGAGGGUCCUUCCGGAGGAUUUAAGAUGCCAAAGAUGAAGAUGCCAACAUUUGGAAUCAAGGGAGCUAAAGUGGAGGGUACAGAUGUUGAUGUUAAACUACCAAAAGCAGACAUUGACAUCAAGGCUCCCAAGGUGGACAUCCAAGGUCCUGAACUAGACAUUGAAGGGCCUGACGGUAAAAUCAAAGGGCCACAUUUCAAGAUGCCUUCCAUUUCAGGGCCCAAGAUCUCAAUGCCAGAUGUUGAUUUUAACCUGAAAGGUCCAAAGAUGAAGGGAGAUUUUGAUGUGUCAGUGCCAAAGAUAGAAGGAGAUAUCAAAGCACCGAAAGUUGACAUUGAAGGUCCAGAUGUGGACGUUGAAGGUCUUUCAGGAGGGUUUAAAAUGCCAAAGAUGAAGAUGCCAUCAUUUGGAUUCAAGGGACCUAAAGUGGAGGGUCCAGAUGUUGAUGUAAAACUUCCAAAAGCUGACAUUGACAUCAAGGCACCCAAAGUGAACAUCCAAGGACCCGAACUAGACAUUGAAGGGCCUGACGGUAAAAUCAAGGGGCCACAUUUCAAGAUGCCAUCAAUUUCAGGGCCCAAGAUCUCAAUGCCAGAUGUCGAUUUCAACCUGAAAGGGCCAAAGGUGAAGGGAGAUGUUGACGUGUCAGUGCCAAAGAUAGAAGGAGACAUCAAUGCACCCAAAAUUGACAUUGAAGGUCCAGAUGUUGACAUUGAAGGUCUUUCAGGAGGAUUUAAAAUGCCAAAGAUGAAAAUCCCCUCAAUGUCUGGCCCCAAAAUAUCAAUGCCUGAUGUUGAUUUCAAUCUCAAAGCGCCAACAUUGAAGGGUGGAGUUGAGGGAGAUAUGAGUUUACCCAAAGCAGAAAUUGAUGGUGUUGAUAUAUCAGUGGAUAGUCCUGAGAUUUCACCUAAGAAAUCAAAGUUCAAAAUGCCCAAGUUUGGAUUCAAAGGGCCUAAAGUCAAAACUCCUGAAAUUGAUGUAAAACUUGCGAAACCAGAUAUAAAUAUCAAAGGACCUAAAGUUACUUCUCCCGAUCUUGAGGUUGACAUUGGCGCUACAAGCCCUAAAGUCAAAGGAUCCAAGUUUAAAAUGCCUAAAUUUGGAUUCAAAGGCCCAAAAGUAGAGAUACCAGAUGUUGAUAUUAACCUUCCUAAAACAGAAAUUGAUAUCAAGACACCAGACAUCGACAUUAAAAGUCCCGAACUGGACAUUGAAAGCCCUGAUGGCAAAAUAAAAGGACCAAAAUUCAAGAUGCCAUCCAUGUCAGGACCAAAGAUGUCAAUGCCUGAUGUGGAUUUUAACCUGAAAGGUCCUAAGGUAAAGGGAGAUUUUGAUAUGUCAGUCCCCAAGAUUGAAGGAGAUCUGAAAUCCCCCAAAAUAAACAUUGAAGGUCCAGAUGUUGAUAUUGAAGGUUCAGGAGGGUUUAAGAUGCCAAAAAUGAAGAUGCCAUCAUUUGGAUUCAAAGGACCUAAACUGGAAGGUCCGGAUUUCGAUGUCAACAUUCCCAAACCUGACAUUAAUAUUGAGGGUUCAGACAUUAACAUUAAAAGCCCAGAAUUGGACAUUGAAGGCCCAGACGGUAAAAUCAAAGGGCCCAAAUUCAAGAUGCCAUCAAUAUCUGGACCAAAGAUCUCCAUGCCUGAUAUGGAUGUUAAUCUAAAAGGUCCAAAGGUGAAAGGAGAUUUCGAUGUGUCCAUACCCAAGAUUGAAGGAGACCUCAAAACGCCACAACUAGACAUGGAAGGUCCAGAUGUUGAUAUGGAAGUUUCAGGAGGAUUUAAGAUGCCAAAGAUGAAAAUGCCAUCAUUUGGAUUCAAAGGACCAAAACUUGAGGGUCCAGAUGUUGAUGUCAACCUUCCUAAAGCUGACAUUAAUGUUGAAGGCCCUAAUUUUGAGAUCAAAGGUCCAGAAUUAGACAUUGAAGGCCCAGACGGUAAAAUCAAAGGACCCAAAUUCAAAAUGCCAUCAAUAUCUGGACCAAAGAUCUCUAUGCCCGAUGUGGAUUUCAACCUGAAAGGCCCUAAGGUGAAGGGAGACUUUGAUAUGUCAGUCCCCAAAAUGGAAGGAGAUCUGAAAACCCCCAAAGUAAACAUUGAAAGUCCUGAUGUUGACAUAGAAGGUUCAGGAGGGUUCAAGAUGCCAAAAAUGAAAAUGCCAUCAUUUGGAGUCAAAGGACCAAAACUUGAGGGUCCAGAUGUCAAUGUCAACCUUCCCAAAGCUGACUUUAAUAUUCAUGGUCCUGAUGUUGACAUCAAAAGUCCAGGAUUAGAUAUUGAAGGCCCGGAUGGUAAAAUCAAAGGACCCAAAUUUAAGAUGCCAUCACUAUCCGGACCACAAAUCUCCAUGCCUGAUAUGGACUUCAACCUGAAAGGUCCUAAGGUGAAGGGAGGUGUUGACAUGUCAGGAGACCUCAAAGCACCAAAAAUGGACAUUGAAGGUCCAGAUGUUGACAUUGAAGGUUCAGGAGGAUUUAAGAUGCCAAAGAUGAAGAUGCCUUCUUUCGGAUUCAAAGGACCUAAACUGGAGGGUCCAGAUGUUGAUGUCAAUCUUCCCAAAGCUGACAUUGAUAUUGAGGGUCCUGAUGUUAAACUCAAAGGUCCAGAACUAGACAUUGAAGGUCCAGAUGGAAAAAUUAAAGGACCUAAAUUCAAGAUGCCAUCCAUAUCUGGACCACACAUCUCCAUGCCUGAUAUGGACUUCAACUUGAAAGGUCCUAAGUUGAAGGGAGGUGUUGACAUUUCAGGAGACCUCAAAGCACCAAAAUUAGACAUUGAAGUUCCAGACGUUGACAUUGAAGGUUCAGGAGGAUUUAAGAUGCCAAAGAUGAAGAUGCCAUCAUUUGGAUUCAAAGGACCUAAGCUGGAGGGUCCAGAUGUUGAUGUCAACCUUCCCAAAGCUGACAUUGAUAUUGAGGGUCCUGAUGUUAAACUGAAAGGUCCAGAGCUUGACAUUGAAGGCCCGGAUGGUAAAAUCAAAGGACCCAAAUUUAAGAUGCCAUCACUAUCCGGACCACAAAUCUCCAUGCCUGAUAUGGACUUCAACCUGAAAGGUCCUAAGGUGAAAGGAGGUGUUGACAUGUCAGGAGACCUCAAAGCACCAAAAAUGGACAUUGAAGGUCCAGAUGUUGACAUUGAAGGUUCAGGAGGAUUUAAGAUGCCAAAGAUGAAGAUGCCUUCUUUCGGAUUAAAAGGACCUAAACUGGAGGGUCCAGAUGUUGAUGUCAAUCUUCACAAAGGUGACAUUAAUAUUGAGGGUCCUGAUGUUAAACUCAAAGGUCCAGAGCUUGACAUUGAAGGUCCAGAUGGAAAAAUCAAAGGACCUAAAUUCAAGAUGCCAUCCAUAUCCGGACCACACAUCUCCAUGCCUGAUAUGGACUUCAACUUGAAAGGUCCUAAGGUGAAGGGAGGUGUUGACAUUUCAGGAGAUCUCAAAGCACCAAAAUUAGACAUUGAAGUUCCAGACGUUGACAUUGAAGGUUCAGGAGGAUUUAAGAUGCCAAAGAUGAAGAUGCCAUCAUUUGGAUUCAAAGGACCUAAGCUGGAGGGUCCAGAUGUUGAUGUCAACCUUCCCAAAGCUGACAUUGAUAUUGAGGGUCCUGAUGUUAAACUGAAAGGUCCAGAGCUUGACAUUGAAGGCCCGGAUGGUAAAAUCAAAGGACCCAAAUUUAAGAUGCCAUCACUAUCCGGACCACAAAUCUCCAUGCCUGAUAUGGACUUCAACUUGAAAGGUCCUAAGGUGAAGGGAGGUGUUGACAUGUCAGGAGACCUCAAAGCACCAAAAAUGGACAUUGAAGGUCCAGAUGUUGACAUUGAAGGUUCAGGAGGAUUUAAGAUGCCAAAGAUGAAGAUGCCUUCUUUCGGAUUCAAAGGACCUAAACUGGAGGGUCCAGAUGUUGAUGUCAAUCUUCACAAAGGUGACAUUAAUAUUGAGGGUCCUGAUGUUAAACUCAAAGGUCCAGAACUAGACAUUGAAGGUCCAGAUGGAAAAAUCAAAGGACCUAAAUUCAAGAUGCCAUCCAUAUCCGGACCACACAUCUCCAUGCCUGAUAUGGACUUCAACUUGAAAGGUCCUAAGGUGAAGGGAGGUGUUGACAUUUCAGGAGACGUCAAAGCACCAAAAUUAGACAUUGAAGGUCCAGAUGUUGACAUUGAAGGUUCAGGAGGAUUUAAAAUGCCAAAGAUGAAAAUGCCAUCAUUUGGAAUGAAAGGACCUAAACUGGAAGGUCCAGAUGUUGAUGUCAAUGUUCCCAAAGCUGAUUUUAAUAUUCAGGGACCUGAUCUUGAUAUCAAAGGUCCAGAACUGGACAUUGAAGGUCCAGAUGGUAAAAUCAAAGGUCCCAAAUUCAAAAUGCCAACAAUAUCUGGACCAAAGAUCUCCAUGCCUGAUAUGGACUUCAAUUUGAAAGGUCCAAAGGUGAAGGGUGGUGUUGACAUGUCAGGAGACCUGAAAGCACCCAAAAUGGAUGUUGAAGUUCCAGAUGUUGACAUAGAAAGUUCAGGAGGAUUUAAGAUGCCAAAGAUGAAGAUGCCAUCCUUUGGAUUCAAAGGACCUAAAUUGGAGGGUCCAGAUGUUGAUGUCAACCUUCCCAAAGCUGACAUCAAUAUUGAGGGUCCUGAUGUUGACAUCAAAGGUCCAGAAUUAGACAUUGAAGGUCCAGAUGGUAAAAUCAAAGGACCCAAAUUCAAGAUGCCAUCAAUAUCUGGACCAAAGAUCUCCAUGCCUGAUAUUGACUUCAACUUGAAAGGUCCCAAGGUGAAGGGAGAUUUAGACGUGUCAGUCCCCAAGAUUGAAGGAGAUCUGAAAGCACCCAAAGUAGACAUUGAAGGACCAGAUGUUGACAUUGAAGGCUCAGGAGGAUUUAAGAUGCCAAAGAUGAAGAUGCCAUCCUUUGGAUUCAAAGGACACAAAAUUGAUGGUCCUGAUGUUGACGUUGACCUUCCUAAAGCUGACAUUGACAUAAAGGGACCAAAUGUUGACAUCAAAAGUCCAGAACUUGACAUUGAAGUCCCUCAUGGUAAAAUCAAAGGUUCAAAAUUCAAGAUGCCUGAUGUUGGCUUUCAUAUGAAAACUCCUAAGUUAAAGGGAGAUUUAGAUUUGUCAGGGCCCAAGGUAGAAGGAGACAUUAAAGCACCGAAAGUAGACCUCAAAGCACCAAAAGUAGAUAUUGAAAGUCCAGAAUUAGACAUUGAUGGAGCUGAUGGUAAAAUCAAAGGACCAAAAUUCAAAAUGCCAUCAAUAUCAGGUCCAAACAUCUCAAUGCCUGAUGUAGACUUUAAUCUGAAAGGUCCAAAGGUGAAGGGAGAUUUUGAUAUGUCAGGAGACGUCAAAGUCCCCAAAGUAGACAUUGAAGGCCCAGAUGUUGACAUAGAAGGUUCAGGAGGAUUUAAGAUGCCAAAGAUGAAGAUGCCAUCAUUUGGCUUCAAGGGACCUAAAAUGGAGGGUCCAGACGUGGAUGUCAACCUUCCCAAAGCUGGCCUUAAUAUUGAGGGUCCUGAUGUUGACAUUAAAGGUCCAGAACUGAACAUUGAAGGUCCAGAUGGUAAAAUCAAAGGGCCCAAAUUCAAGAUGCCAUCAAUAUCCGGACCAAAGAUAUCCAUGCCUGAUAUGGACUUCAACUUGAAAGGUCCUAAGGUGAAGGGAGAUUUAGAUGUGUCAGUCCCCAAGAUUGAAGGAGAUCUGAAAGCACCCAAUGUAAACAUUGAGGGACCAGAUGUUGACAUUGAAGGUUCAGGAGGUUUUAAGAUGCCAAAGAUGAAGAUGCCUUCCUUUGGAUUGAAAGGACCUAAACUAGAGGGUCCAGAUGUCGAUCUCAACCUACCCAAAGGUGACGUUAACAUUGAGGGACCUGAAUUCAACAUCAAAGGUGCCGAAUUUGACAUUGAAGGCCCUGAUGGUAAAAUCAAAGGGCCCAAAUUCAAGAUGCCAUCAAUAUCUGGACCAAAGAUAUCCAUGCCUGAUAUGGACUUCAACUUGAAAGGUCCUAAGGUGAAGGGAGAUUUUGAUGUGUCAGUCCCAAAGAUUGAAGGAGAUCUGAAAACACCAAAAGUAAACAUUGAGGGACCAGAUGUUGACAUUGAAGGCUCAGGAGGAGGAUUAAAAAUGCCAAAGAUGAAGAUGCCUUCCUUUGGAUUGAAAGGACCUAAACUAGAGGGUCCAGAUGUCGAUCUCAACCUACCCAAAGGUGACGUUAACAUUGAGGGACCUGAAUUCAACAUCAAAGGUGCCGAAUUUGACAUUGAAGGCCCUGAUGGUAAAAUCAAAGGGCCCAAAUUCAAGAUGCCAUCAAUAUCUGGACCAAAGAUAUCCAUGCCUGAUAUGGACUUCAACUUGAAAGGUCCUAAGGUGAAGGGAGAUUUUGAUGUGUCAGUCCCAAAGAUUGAAGGAGAUCUGAAAACACCAAAAGUAAACAUUGAGGGACCAGAUGUUGACAUUGAAGGCUCAGGAGGAUUAAAAAUGCCAAAGAUGAAGAUGCCUUCCUUUGGAUUGAAAGGACCUAAACUAGAGGGUCCAGAUGUCGAUCUCAACCUACCCAAAGGUGACGUUAAGAUUGAGGGACCUGAAUUCAACAUCAAAGGUGCCGAAUUUGACAUUGAAGGCCCUGAUGGUAAAAUCAAAGGGCCCAAAUUCAAGAUGCCAUCAAUAUCUGGACCAAAGAUAUCCAUGCCUGAUAUGGACUUCAACUUGAAAGGUCCUAAGGUGAAGGGAGAUUUUGAUGUGUCAGUCCCAAAGAUUGAAGGAGAUCUGAAAACACCAAAAGUAAACAUUGAGGGACCAGAUGUUGACAUUGAAGGCUCAGGAGGAUUAAAAAUGCCAAAGAUGAAGAUGCCUUCCUUUGGAUUCAAGGGACCUACACUGGGGAGUCCUGAUGCUGAUAUUAACCUGCAUAAAGCUGACAUUGACAUUAAGGGACCUAGUGUUGACAUUUCGCCCCCAGAUCUGAACGUCAGACGGCCUGAAGGAAAAUUGUCAGGUGGGUCCGUUGAUAUGGGAAGUCCCAGUGUCAGCAUUGAAAAACCAAAUAUCAAGUUUCCAAAGUUUAAAGGUCCCACAUUUGGAAUUAAAUCUGCAGAAGCUGAAGGGCCUGAACUGGACAUUUCUGGUGGAAAGUUGGAUGUAAACACCCCUGGUGUCGACCUAAACCUAGGGGAUCCAAAUAUCAAAGGACCUAAAUUCAAGGCACAAAAGUUCCACAUGGGAGGCAAGAACCCCAAAGUAGAUGUUCAGUUGCCAGAGGUUGACAGUAGUCUUGAUGUUGGUGAUGACAUUAAUGUGAAAGGAAGGAAAGGAAAAUUCAAACUACCCAAAAUGAAAGGAAAAGCUAAGAAACCUGAUAUAGAUAUUGAUGUUGAAACAUCAGGAGCUGAAUUGGAAGUUGAUUCGCCUGAGCUUCACCUGAAAGGAGCAAAGGUAAAGAAACCCUUCUUUGGCAAACUUAAUUUCCCUGAUGUGGAAUUUGAUGUAAAAUCUCCUAAAGUUAAAAGUGAUAGCUUAGCCUCUGGAAAAGUGCCUUCCGGGAGUCUACAUGGCAAUAUAGAAGGUACGGGUGUAAAUGUGGAAGUCCCAGAUUUAAAAACAUCAAAAAUGAAAAUUCAAGGGAUGAAUAUCAAAGGAACACAGGGAAAUGUUCAUGAUGCUGACAUAAAUGUAAAUGUACAAAAUCUAAAAGGAGAUGCAAACCUCUCAGGAGGUAUAACAGGUCCUAAGAUAGAUAUUGGAGGAGUAGGAGGAGCAGAAGUGGACUCAAAUGUUUCAGGGUCUGGUGGACUACAAUUCCCAGAGUUCCAAGUAUCAUUCCAAAAAACCAAAGUUCCAAAGUUUGGCAUUGCUUUGCCUAAAUUGGAAGGACCAGAAAUGGGAAUAGAUGUUCAUGCAGAAUCAGGAGGACAGACAGCAGUGGGGGGUGGAAAGAUAGAGGGGCAGCCUUCUGCAGUUAGUGGUAGUGUAAGUUGUCAGAGUCUGGAGCUGCAAAGCCCAGAUGUGAAGCACAGCGGUGGGAAAGUAAAGGUCAAGAUGCCAAGGUUCGGUUUUGGCAAGUCAAAAGCAAAGGGAGGUAGCGCAGCUGAUCUUAGCCUCCAGGGGCCGGACACAGAACUAAGGGCCAGUGGUAGCAGUGGUGUUAAAGGCUCCAAAGAGUUGAGUUUAAGUCAUGGGGAGUUGGUAAGUGGGAAGAUGUCAGUUGAGGGAGGAUCUGGAAUUAGUGUGUCCCCUAAGAGCAAGUCAGCCUCCCUGGAUCUGUUUAAGAAAUCAAGGCAUCGGUCUUCCUCUGUUGCAAGUGAUGAGGGAGGUCUGGCUGCCUCUUCCCCAUCAAGUCACUUAAGUGCUGAAGGUGGUGACAUCUCUGUAGAUGUUGGUGGAGGCAAGGUGAAAGGAAAGAAGGGCAAGUUAAAGUUUGGCACCUUUGGUGGUUUUGGCUCAAAGACAAAGGGCUCGUAUGAAGUGGCUCUGGGUGAGGAUAGUGAAGCAAGAAUAGAGGGAAUGGGGGGUGUAUCUUUACCCUCUAAAAAGUCCAGAAUCUCUUCAUCAUCCAGCAGCGACAGUGGGACUAGAGGUGGUUUCCAUUUUCCCAAACUCGAGUUGUCUGUGUCACCAAAGAAAUAAAUUUUGAAUUAUAAACUCUCUCAUGUACAAACCUGUGCUCUGAAUCACAACAUCCCUAUCUGCUCAAGCAUUUCAAACUUGCCAGAAUAUUCUAUCUCAUCUCAUUAAGUUGUGCACAUGUGCACAUACAACAAUAACUGUUAAUUCACUUUGGACUUUUCCAUCAAAUUCUUGCUAAUUAAAAUGGGGUACAUGAGAUUGUUUAGAAUACCAUUGAACUGUAAAUAAGAUGAAUCUGUAUUGUAAUAUUAAGUAUUGUCUUUGUACAUAGUCAAAAUUUAUUGAACAUAUUACCAUCUCACCAAAUUCAUACCAAUACCAAACUCACAUAUUUAGUCCAAGUGUCUCAUUGAAUUCUGUUAAAUUGCAUAUUGUUAAGACUUGGUGUGGUAUUUUUGUAUCCAGGGGGUCAAUUGCACAAAAUAAUAUGGAAUACAUUUUUAUUUUAAAGAUUGUUAUGUUUAUAUACAAAUACAUACAGCAAAAACAACACCUUUUUCUUUUUAUGUAUGAAAUGUUUACUUGGAUUUUGAAGCUUUGGAUAUAUAAUCAUUGCAGAACCUAUUUACUCAACAUAAAGCCAACCCUGUAUAACAUUCUAUCAAGAGUGACAAUGCUGUUAAAGACCAUACUUGCAACUAAAAACAAUGUUUCUGUAAACUGUAAACCCUAUUAACUGCUGUUAUUAAUUUUGGAGACACAUUUAUUUCUUUUCUUUGUUUCUACAUCCACAUUGCUACUAGACAUUUCUAGUAUCAAAGUGGUUCAACGCUUCAUUUGAAUUCAAAUCAAAUGACCAAAAGGACAGUGCAAAUUGUAAAAUGGUACAGUAUAUGGUGAUGAAUGAAUUCAAAUAUAGGGGAUUUUGUAAAGAAAUUAAAGAAGUAUUGCAAAUUAUUAAUUAUUAAUGUUGGCAUUGUAUUGCGUUCAGGUGGGUAUGUCUCUCCCCCUCUCUCAUUCUCACACAUAUUCUUUCACUUAAUGCAACACUUGUUGCACUCUUUAUAUUUAGGUGACUAUCUUCAAUAAAGAGUUGCUCUAUAUUUGUACUUGUAUAGGUUAACAAAUAUCUGAAAUGUUAAUAACAGAGCUGAACAUGUCCUUGCUUUUAUUUGAUGUAGUUGGAGAUUUUCUGAGCCUAUUAUGUUUUAUGUGUGCAUUCUGCUAAAUAAAUCAAAUAAACAGUUGAGCUUCUAA